GCCACCGUCCUGGCAGCCUCCUCGCAGCUCCCCAACAGUCCAGACCCGCUGGCCCUGCAGAGCCAGAGGUGCCCACGGGAAGCUCAGUUCUGGUCUCCCCCAGCGUCAGCGUCGUGGAGAACCCUCAACCAAACCUCUCUGCUCUUGAGUCAAAGCUGGCAGCUCUCUGGUCUCCCCACUAGGCAUCUGCUGGUCCCAAUGUCAGUCAAGGAGAGCUUGGGGUCCAGCCCCUCCGAGGGGCUCACCCACAACUUUGGAGAGAUCCACAACUGGACCGAACUGAUCUACUUCUUAAACCACACGCUGCCCGAGUGCUACACGGAGCUGAGCGAGAACACCAAACGCGUGGCCCUGUUCGUGCUCUACCUGGCCAUCUUCGUGGUGGGGCUGGUGGAGAACCUGCUGGUCAUAUGCGUCAACUGGCGCUGCUCGGGCCGGGCGGGGCUGCUGAGCCUCUACGUGCUCAACAUGGCCGUGGCGGACCUGGGCGUCGUGCUGUCCCUGCCGGUGUGGAUGCUGGAGGUGACCCUGGACUACACCUGGCUCUGGGGCAGCUUCUCCUGCCGCUUCGCUCACUACUUCUACUUUGCCAACAUGUACAGCAGCAUCUUCUUCCUCGUGUGCCUCAGCGUGGACCGCUAUGUCACCCUCAGCAGCCCGCCCCCCUCCUGGCAGCGCCACCAGCACCGCGUGCGGCGGGCCGUGUGUGCCGGCGUCUGGGUGCUCUCGGCCCUCAUCCCGCUGCCCGAGGUGGUCCACAUGCAGCUGGUAGAGAGCGCCGAGCCCAUGUGCCUCUUCCUGGCGCCCUUGGAGACGUACAGCACCUGGGCGCUGGCGGUGGCCCUGUCCACCACCGUGCUGGGCUUCCUGCUGCCCCUCCUGCUCAUCGCCGUCUUCAACGUGCUCAUGGCCUGCCGGCUCCGGAGGUCCGGGCAGCCCGAGGGCCGGCGCCACUGCCUGCUGCUGAGCGCGUACGUGGCCGUCUUCGUGCUCUGCUGGCUGCCCUACCACGUGACCCUGCUGCUGCUCACGCUGGAGGGGCCCCACAUCUCCCUGCACUGCUACCUGGCCCACCUGCUCUACUUCUUCUACGACAUCAUCGACUGCUUCUCCAUGCUCCACUGCGUCAUCAACCCCAUCCUUUACAACUUCCUCAGCCGCGGCUUCCAGGGCCGGCUGCUGGGCGCUGUGGUCCACUACCUCCCCAAGGUCCAGGCCAGGGCGGGCAGGGCUGCAUCCUCUGCCUCCUCCUCCACGCAGCAUUCCAUCAUCAUCACCAAGGAGGGGGCCCAGCCCCGGGCAGCAGGCCCCCGCCAACACCCAGGCCCCAGCCUCCAGGCACCAAACGCCUCCCCCACCUCCUCUCCUCCAGCAACUCCCGCCAGCUGAGGCAGACACAGCCAGAGGCAUCGGUGAG